UGGGAAUGGGGGAGGGGUGGGUGUUGAAAAUAGGAUUUGGGACAUGAAAGUUAUUCCAAGAACCUUUAGAAAGAAAGCAUUAAUUUACCCGAUUGACGAAAUAAUGCAAACACGGACUCUAAAUAAUUACUCAGUGCUACGUAAAGUUUUUGCUAAAUGACUGAUAAGCACACAUUGACGUUGUAUUAGGUUUAGUAUGAUGACGGAUUGCUGGAUUGAAAACCCAGACGACAGACCAAACUUCACCCAAAUACGAGAGAGACUGGAGGAGAUGAUGCAGAAGGACAAUCCGUAUUUGGAUUUCAGCGUUUUAGAUGAAUCCAGUUAUUAUUAUAAUGUGCCUUCCUUCAGCAGUUUAAAUGGGAAAUCUGCAGAUGAUGAACUGUUUGACAAAGAAAGCGAUGAGGUUUUAAAGAAUGGAAGUGAUAGUAAUAGCUUAGGAGAGGGAAAAAGGGGGAGGGAUUCUUACAAGAAUGAAACAGCUCCAUUCUCAAUUUGUAAACAAGGUCUAGAGAUGGACCAGGAUAUUGGUCCUGCUAAUGUGAACAAGAUUGCUUUUAACAACAGUUCUCCCUGUGCUGAAGAUUUCCAAAAUCGUAAAGAUGUAAAGGUGAAUAUUGAAGCCCUUGAAAUGGGUUUAUACCGUCCAGGCAAAAGAGGGAUUGUGCUCUAGGAUGAAUCUAAAGAAGCUGGCAUAAAUACAGAACCCAGGAUAACAACUUAAUAGAUGGAAAAACGAGUGACGACUUUAAAAGUUUUGUUUUAAUUUUUCUGGCGUACAAGCAGACUUGAAUUAAUAACCGAACUUAACCAAUUCCUUUAAAUUCGGGGCAGCAAAAGCUUCUUAUAGAAGGCUUAUUUCCCUUUUCAUAUUUAUGGUGCAGUUUUAUGGUCGAUGGCUUUUAAUUUUUGCUUAUUAUUUGGAAUCAACCAACUCACUGAUACAUAUACAUUCUCACACACAGCUGGGAGCUAGGCCAAGCCAAACCACGCAGUAUGACCUUUAUUAAUACAACAACAUAACUAUCUUACAACGGCACAGAAAAGUGGCUCUAGAAUAAAUUCACUGCAACUUAAAUUCACUGCAACUAAAUAGACUCUGGAUAUCACAUAGCAUUUUCAAGCAGCUUUUUAUCGGCCUUAGAGCAGUUAGAGCACUCAUUUACCCAGAUGUUUAUGUAUUUUUACAUCCGGCACGUGAAUCCCGGGUGCCUAAUAUGUCCAAACCUUUCAGCUUGGCGCGUGCGUAGUCGGUAUACUGCAGAACCUCUGUUGGAAAGUUAGAGAUUGCUCGAAAGUGUGUGGAUUGAUUGGCAGUGGACCGCAUCUGUGGUAAGGACAGCCGGUAGGAGCUCCAGCUCACAUCAUUGUCUGCGUGAUUCACAGAAAAAUCAGCGCCAAACGGUUCCUUUUUGAAAAGAUUGUUAUCAGCCAAGAAAAAUGAUUAUAUUAAUGUGCAAACAAAUCCCGAUUCUGAUUCCAUGUCGCAGAAAACAGGAAGCGCUUGGUUCACAGAAUCAAAGAUGAGGUACUUUCCAGAUUUUAAAGCGCCUUCUUUAGCUAAAUCUUUGCAGGUUCUUGGAUGUUCAAUCUUGUCACAUCGCCGACCUGUGUGCAUAUCGGGUCAGUUACAGUUAAACCGUGUGCUCUAAGGAUAAUAAAUCUGCUGACACACCCCUCUGUUGACACAAGAAUUCAUCUUUUCGUACAGCCAUGUUUUCCUGGAAUGCAUUUCCCUCCAACAUACAAAACGUGAAGUAUUGUUUACAUUCUUCGAUUAUGUUAGACGGCAAACUGGAGGCAUCUCUUUUUAACAAUAGAGUGUGUCUGUUGAGGGCCUUAGAACUGAUAGUUGUCCGGGGAAAUUUGUGUUCUAGAGUAUUAUACGAGUAUUAUUGCGGCGGAUUAGUGUGGACGGUAGCCCCAACAGUCUACAACCUUGGUUACGCUUAUUGGGUAUAUAGUUUGUUAAAAUUUAACUGGGAAAAAAAGUAAAAAAUAGCGAAGCCGACACCUAUACAGCCAAACAAUAUCCUUUUCAUUUUUGCCUUACGACAGCCAAUGUGUCGACACGCUCGGUUCAAAGGUGGUUUGCCUAAACUUAAGAUGGCCGAACACAGUUUUCGCGCGCGCACAAGGAUUGCGAAA